GACUGCUUGCGCGUAUGUACUGCACAAGCAAUCAGUUAGUAGCAUUUCGGCCGCAGGCUCACUGAAAUCCGCUGCUUUGAGACACCAAGAAUGGCAAUGCCUGAAUUAAUCGAACAGCAUGGGCUGCGCAUAGCAGUAGAGGGUUGCGGUCACGGAGUGCUGCAUGAGAUCUAUGCAUCAGUCGCGAAAUCAUGCGAGAUCAAAGGUUGGCCUGAUGUGGAUCUUCUGAUCAUCGGUGGAGACUUUCAGGCUGUUCGAAAUGCCUCAGACCUCAAGGCAGUAUCAAUGCCUUCGAAAUACUACGCCAUGCACGACUUCCACGAGUACUACUCAGGUGCACGCCUCGCCCCAUAUCUCACCAUAUUCAUUGGCGGUAAUCACGAAGCGAGCAAUUACAUGUGGGAGCUUUCCUAUGGCGGGUGGGCUGCACCGAAGAUAUACUACAUGGGCGCAGCAAAUGUGAUACGACUGGGUCCGCUGCGUAUCGCUGGUCUGUCUGGCAUCUGGAAAGGUUACAACUUCAAGAAGCCGCACUACGAACGCCUGCCUUAUAACAGCGACGACGUGAAGAGUAUAUAUCAUGUUCGAGAGCUUGAAGUGCGCAAGCUUCUCCAAAUACGAACGCAAGUUGAUAUCGGACUAAGCCACGACUGGCCACGGGGCAUGGAAUGGAAGGGUAACUUCCGACAGCUUUUCAAAUGGAAGCCUGACUUUGAACAAGAGGCAAAAGAUGGUACCUUGGGGAGUGUCGCUGCCAAAACAGUUUUGGAACGCCUACGGCCACCUCACUGGUUUAGUGCUCACAUGCAUGCCAAGUUUCCUGCUGUAUGGAAGCACGUGGACAUUUCGAACAGUAUAGAGCAAAGUAACCAUACAGAAGGUGCGCCCGCAGCAGCAGUGAACGCAAGUGAGAUUGAUCUCGACAUGGCAGACGACGCGGAUGUGUCAGCACCAAAGAAUGACGCCGAAAUCGACCUUGGCAUGGAUGAAGACGAAGCUCCCGCCGCACCCGUAGUGGAUAACAAGGAGAAAAGUAAGCCUACGACGACUGAAAGCGAGUCCGAGAUAUCCCAGGACAUUCGAAGCUUGUUGCCAGAAUCUUUUUCCCGUCCGAAACUCGAGCCUGCACCGACGUUACCCUUCCCCGAAGAGAUCACGAACAAGACAACCAAAUUUCUUGCACUGGACAAGUGUUUGCCUAAACGGAACUUUUUACAGUUGUUGGAGAUUGAGCCACAUGAGCCUGCCGAGCUACAACGUCCGUUGGAAUUGCAAUACGACAAGGAAUGGCUGGCCAUCACCCGCGUGUUUGCUGAUCAUGUGCAGGUUGGAGACCCACAUUUCCAAGUACCUCGAGACAAAGGAGAUGCUUUCUACCGACCACUUAUAGAGAAGGAAAUGGAGUGGGUCGAGGAGAAUAUAGUCAAGGCCAACAAGAUGAUGGUGCCGGAAGACUUUGCGCAAACGGCGCCUACAUAUGAUGCAGCAUUGGGCAUUCAUGUGCAAGAGCAACCGAGUGAGUACAGCAACCCGCACACACAAAGAUUUUGCGAUCUAGUGCAGAUACCAAACGUGUUUCAUGCGUCGGAUGAAGAGCGGGCACAGUUAGCAUCAUGCGGACCAAGACCGGAACAACAGCGGGCGAACCGAGGGGGAGGUAGAGGUGGGGGCAGAGGCGGCUGGGGAAAGAGAGGCAGUGGACGCGGCCAAGGGCAUGGAGGGCGUGGACGCGGCGGAAGAGGCGGACGUGGUCGGGGAGGGUGGUGAUGAAUGGCCAAGUGCCAAACAGAAGACAGGUUAAUGCGUCUCCGCGUGAUGGGAGAUUGGGCUGCUCUGCGUCGCAGAACAAGACGAGGGCUGAGCUGGCAGCGCAUGAGGAGGUUGGUAUUUUGCCAGGCCUUGUAUAGCUUUGUGGAGACUUGUAUCUCGUGGUCAGUGUGGGCAGCGCAGGCAUAUGCAGUCCCCGCAUUAGCGAUUUUAGCGACAAGAGUCGCAGGCAGGCACAGGGGAGCACAUGCUCAUGAUGAUGAUGUACAUUGAUAGUUCUAUUGAAUGCCCCAGAGACUAGCUGGAAGCAGAGUACAUUCACGGACGGAUGGGGCUAGCAUAGGGUACUCGGCGUCGUGAGAUGCAAACCUU